CCCAGUCAAGUUAGGAGUGAGAGAGAAUCAAAGGGAAAAGCUCAAACGGAUGAAAUUUGCCAAAAUGCGCGGUGUGGGUGUGUUGAACGGUAGAGUGUGAUUGGCGGGGGAAGAAGCCUGUGCAAGUAUUGGUGCUUGAAACACCACCCCGCGCGUAACACAGUGCGCAUGUAUAACUUGUUAUAUAUAAUAGUGCUCUCUUCUCUUCUACCCUUUGCACGGCCGGAAGAAAGUGAGGUAGAGCAGCAUUUGGAAAGCUUGGGGCUUGCUUCUCUCUGAAAAAGCAAGCUGUGUAAAAGCCGUUCAUUCUUUUCUCCCACUAAUACGUACCUCAAUUCUCUUUGUUCGCUCUAAAGCUCGUAAUUUGCAGUCCUUUUCCUUUUUCUCUUCGGCUGCGUUCAGUUUUUUCCCAUCCCACCUGAGGAAUUCAUUAUGUACUCUCAGUUUCCGCGCUCUGUCUCGCCUCCAUGUCGUCCGAUAUAAGCUAGAGUCUUCAACACUCAUUUUCCGUUACAAUCUCGGUUGGUGUUUUCUUUCAAAUCCGCCUUCAAAAAAUUGCGGAGUUUCCGGGAACAUUCCAUGAGCAAUUGCAAGAUUUGUGUGCUUAAGCACUGUGCUGUAGUUGUCAUUUUCAGUAAGGUGGCGGUUGUUGUUCUCCUCUCGAGAUUGUAAAUCCUUCACAAGUAAAUUUCGGAGCCUGAGGAUACUGGACUUCGUGCUUGUUGUGGGAGUAAUGGGUACGGAUCGUCUGCUACGGCCAACAGUUGGACCGCCAUUAAAACGGCGAGCUGGGUUGCGGAGGAAGCAGGCUGGAAGAGGAUCUUAUAGGGGAAGCUAGAGCAAGGGGAUUAUCGGGAGUUGGAGGGCCUUUGUUGUUUUCUUUUUUCGCAGAGUUAGUUAAUCAAUAACCCUUUCUUCGGGGCUUCUUCGGGUCGUCAAAAUUCUGAGAAGAUGGCUACGAACAUACGUCAAUUACUCAGAAGUCUCUGUUUAAAUACUGAUUGGAAGUACGCCGUCUUUUGGAGACUCAAACAUGGGGAUCGGAUGAUCCUAACAUGGGAGGACGGUUACUAUGACAACCCUGAUCAUUAUGAUUCUUUAGGUAAUGAGUGCUACCAGAAGACCAUGGAACAGUUUCACAGUGGGAAUUUUCCUCACGAUCCUCUUGACUUGGUGGUCUCAAAGAUGUCAUAUCAAGUAUAUUCGAUAGGGGAAGGUAUUGUUGGACAGGUAGCUCUCACUGGGAAGCAUCAGUGGAUCUAUGUAGAUGAUCAUGCUACGAGUUCUGGUUCGUCCUUUGAGUUCGCCGAUGGAUGGCAAUCUCAGUUUUAUGCUGGAAUUAGGACAAUUGUUGUUGUGGCUAUUACCCCACAUGGAGUUCUUCAGCUUGGCUCCUUAAAUAAAGUAAUUGAAGAUAUGAGAGUUGUAACUCAUAUCAGAAACAUUUUUUUGACCAAUCAAGAUUCCUUGAUAGGCCACGUUCCCAAUCACAUAAAAUCAUGUGUGAAGAAUUCUCCUCCUCUGCCAGAUGCACCAACAACAAAAUUGUCUUCAAAAAUUGGACCUGCUUGCUUGCUUGAUACAAAGGAAACCACACGGGGUGAAAAACUGGACAUUUUAAUGCCCUUUCCAUGCUCUGCGAAGAACCUUACACCUCCUUCUGUUUAUCAGAAAAUGGCUGUUGAUGUGACCAAAUAUGGAGGGCCUGAGUUUUGCAGUGAUGAAAGUUUGGUUUUGCUCAAGUCAGUAUCUAAUAUGAUGAAUGUCGAGCAUAAAAAAUUUUUAGAUAAGAGACCUCUAAAUGAGAAGUUUGAAGAGGGAAGCAGUGGCUCCAAAGAUGUCAGGGUGGAAUCGGAAAGAAAUGUUACGUCAGUGCCACACAAUUCAGUUAUGGACAAUAACUUCAGUGGUUCUGUAGGUCCAUCUGAAACAAUUGGAGCUGAUUUGGCCUGCUUGCCUUCAGACUUUCAUGAUGUUGUUUACGAAGGUGAUAAGUUGUGUUAUGUAAAUAUUAGCCAGAAAGAGGCAUUGCCUCUUCGCAGAUCUUCAGAUGCAAGCUCCCAAAAAGAUGCAGAAAGUUCAGAGUUCCAGACUGCACCUUCUUACAUGAGUACCUCAAAUACACUGUUGAAUUUCCCUGCUGGCUGUGAGCUACACGAAGCCCUUGGGCCAGCUUUUGUGAGAAGUGGAUAUUUUGAUUCUGAAGGACAGGUGAAUGAAGAUCUUACAAUGAUGGAGAUACCAGAUGAGAUUAGCUGUAGCCGGCUGACUCAUGAAUCUUGUCCGGAGCAUCUUUUGGAGGCAAUAGUAGUCAAUGCUUGUCAUAGUGAUAAUGACAUUAACAAUGAACUAUCAUACUCUGCAUUAAUGCAGGCUGCAAUGAUAUCUGAAAGAAAUCCUGAAGCUUCCAUGCACAGUGCCCCAGCCAUUAAUUCAGAAGGCUAUUCAAUAGAGUCUUCUCUUGUAAGAGAGGACAUAUUCCACUCUUUGACUUCAUCGUCGUGUCCUAGUUCAUGUAGUGAACGGUUUGAAAGAUCUUCUGAGCCUGGUAAGAGCAAGAAGAGGGCUAGGCCUGGAGAAAGUGGUAGGCCUAGGCCAAGGGACAGACAACUGAUCCAAGAUCGUAUAAAGGAGUUGAGAGAAUUGGUGCCAAAUGGAGCAAAGUGCAGUAUUGAUUCACUACUGGAGCGCACAAUAAAGCACAUGCUCUUUCUGCAGAGCAUUACUAAACAUGCUGACAAGCUAAAUAAAUUUACUGGUUCAAAGGCAAAGUCGCAUCACUUGGAAUCAGCUGUUCCUGGAUGCUCUAGCUAUGAACAGGGUUCGAGCUGGGCAAUGGAAGUAGGAGGUCAUCUGAAAGUUCAUUCAAUAUUAGUGGAGAAUCUUAGUAAGAAUGGACAUGUGCUUGUCGAGAUGCUUUGUGAGGAGUGCAGCUAUUUUCUGGAGAUAGCAGAAGCCAUAAGGAGCUUGGGCCUGACAAUUUUGAAAGGUGCAACAGAAGCUCAAAGUGAGAAGACAUGGAUAUGUUUUGUGGUUGAGGGCCAAAACAACAGAAAUGUGCACAGGUUGGAUAUAUUGUGGCCGCUUGUUCAAAUACUGCAGUCCAAGAGUACAGUGCACGCAUAAUAACUGGUUGGUUCUUGAAAACUUCUUGGCGCGCUUGGUAAUGACGUCGGAAAUCUUCUGCUCCUCCCCCCUCCGUGACCCAGAAGAUAAAAAAGCUGCGUGGGUAUGCACGAUGGGGUAGGGUAAAGAAAGAAGAAAAAACAAACCUUAUCAAGAUGUAAAAUAUUGAGCCUUUAUAGUGAGGCAAAGAUGGCAACUUUUUUUCUUGGGUGCUGGUGGGAUUGCGACGA